AUGCACACUCACCCUGAAGCAGAAGCACCGACAUGCGCCCCGGCCUUCGUCAGAAACCUGACCUUUCAGACUAAUGACCUCGGCAAGGAGGCGACGCUUGUGCUCAUAUUCCAGAGCGAUAAGGAUUGUACCUACCGGAAAUCCUUCCCUGUUAUUUGGAGGGCUACCACUUUUGGAGACGAGGGCCGAUACAGCAUGCACGCAACCUACACGAAUGACCUUGCUUUUUCCCGAGUGCAGGUCGUGGAUGGAAACGUAGUCAGCGCUGGAACUUACGUCAAGAUCAACAACGGACAACAAACCACUCUGACCAAGACGGGCUUAGAAUUUAAGUUCUCUGCCCCUAAGCAGGGAGUCCCUGGGUACCUGCAGGCCACUAACAAGACUGACGCUGCUCAGGACAUUGCAAUCAGUAUUAUGGUCCCGGGAGACCCGAUGCCUAAGCCGGUGCUCUGUUUCAAGGAUGUUGAAGAUGGCUGUGAUUUCAAGGCUAAGUUCACUCCGAAGCUUCACGCCUAUAUCUCAUCGGACCAUCAAGAGACUGCAAUCUUGGAAGGUUCCAUCUGCACUGAUUCAAUCUGGGAACAAGAUCUCGCCAAGCUUCCUGAGUCCAGUACCUUUACACUCAGCCGGGAGCCAGCCACUGGGCAUUACACGAUCACCAAUGAAGAUAAAAGUACUGUGCUCAGAUAA